AUGGGUGUAUUCUCAAUCAGUACUGCGUCCGCGGCAUCAUUAUGGUUAUUCAUAACGUCUGUGAGCUCACAGUAUGGUUCCUCACAGCCGCAAGCAAAAUCCGGGUUCGACUAUGUUAAUCCCCUCAUUGGAACGGUCAAUGGAGGCCAUGUGUUUCCGGGUGCAACAUUGCCAUUUGGCAUGGCCAAAGCCGGUCCCGAUGUGAUAGGAGAGAACCAAGGAGGUUUCUCUUCGAAUGAUUCCGAACCCAUCUAUGGAUAUUCCCAUAUGCACGAUUCUGGUACUGGUGGCUCACCAUCCCUCGGCAAUUUCCCCAUCUUCGCGCAGGCUGGGUGUCCGAACGGAGAUAUCAAUGCGUGUGUCUAUCCAAAACAAGACCGAGCAGUAUAUCGUAUACCAGGAAGCGUGCACGCCAAACCUGGGUACUUUGAUAUCACGCUGGUUAACAACAUCAGAACGGAAAUGACUGCGACGAACAAGACUGCUUUGUACCGCAUGACAUUCCCUGACACACCCACUACCGCGAACACGACGCUGAACCCACAUAUCUUGGUUGAGCUCACAGAUUUACCAAACUCCAGGAAUGACGGAAACAUCACCGUAUAUCCCGACACAGGUCGCAUAACAGGUGGCGGGCUCUUUGCACCAUCGUUCGGAAUCGGUUCAUAUCAAUCAUACUUCUGUCUUGACUUCAAUGGCGCCAAAGUCAAGGAUGCCGGCGUAUGGUCCAACACCCGAGCCACUGCCAAGGCAACGAGCUUGAAGAUUUCCUUGAGCGAUGCGCGACAAGCAAAAGAUAACCGACCCGCUGGUGGCUGGGUACAAUUCGAAAAGCCUUCCCAGGGCAACCAGAUCAUUGCGCGAGUGGGUAUGAGCUUCGUCAGCGAAGCGCAAGCCUGUAGCAACGCCGAAGCCGAGAUACCCUUGGGAAAGUUCGACGAAGUGGUCGCAGCCGCAGAAUCUGUAUGGCGAGCCAAGCUCGAUGUCAUCACAGUGCAGGACGGCGGCAUCGAUGAGGUCUUCCUGAAAGCGUUUUGGAGUGGUGUAUACCGCUCAAUGAUCAGCCCGCAAGACUACACUGACGAGAAUCCGUUUUGGAAGUCUGACGAACCAUACUACGACUCUUUCUACUGCAUCUGGGAUAGUUUCAGAAGCAUCCAUCCUCUGAUAACGAUACUCGAUCCACUCAGCCAGUCAUUGAUGAUAAGGAGUCUAUUGGACAUAUAUCGUCACGAGGGAUGGCUUCCGGACUGUCGCAUGAGUUUCUGCAAGGGUUUCACGCAGGGAGGGUCUAAUGCAGAUAUUGUCAUCACCGACGCAUAUCUGAAGAACAUCACCGCUGGCAUCGACUGGGCUUUGGCGUACGAGGCUGUGGUGAAGGAUGCAGAGGUUGAGCCGCCGAACUGGGAUGUUGAAGGUCGCGGCGGUCUCGCAGCUUGGAAAUCCCUGGGCUACAUCCCAACUGACAACCUAGACGUUGAAGGCGUAGGAACAGAAACACGCUCUGUAUCGCGUACUGUAGAAUACGCUUACAACGACUUCACCAUUGCCUUGCUAGCCCGCGAACUCGGCAAUCAAGCUGACUAUCAAAAGUACCUCACUCGAUCUGGAAACUGGAAGAACAUGUUCAAGGCCGAUCAGCGCAGCACUUUGAACGGUACUGAUGUCGGUUUCGAAGGCUUCCUUCAACCGCGCUAUAUGAACGGCACAUGGGGUUAUCAAGACCCUAUCUAUUGCUCGCCGUUACUUAAUUUCACCGGCUGCUACUUGAACCCCGCCGGAGGGGAGACAUACGAGGGACCAGUUUGGUUGUACACGUUCUUUGCUCCUGGUGACAUGGCUACUCUCAUCCAAACACUUGGGGGCCGUGAUCGCUUCGUAGCUCGCAUGAACUGGCUCCACGAAUCUGGCAUCUUGUAUAUUGGCGAUGAACAGGCCUUCCUCAACGUCUUCCUAUACCACUAUGCCGGCCGUCCAGCUCUCUCUGCAGAACGCGCCCACCAGUACAUUCCCUCGUUGUUCAACGACACGGUCGAAGGUAUUCCAGGAAAUGACGACAGUGGCGCAAUGGGCUCAUUUGAAGCCUUCGUAAUGAUGGGCUUCUUCCCGAACGCAGGCCAAGAUGUUUACUUCAUCAUUCCACCAUUCUUCGAGAGCAUCUCCAUCAAGAACGGCCAGACAGGCAAAACAUCCAUUAUUCGAAACAUCAACUUCGACGCAAGCUACAAGAACAUCUACAUCCAGUCUGCGACACUCAAUGGCGUGCCUUAUACUAGGAACUGGCUGCAGCAUAGCUUCUUCCUCGAAGGUGACGUGUUGGAAUUGACGCUAGGACCCCAGGAGAGCGCCUGGGGAACGCGGCCAGAAGAUGUACCUCCCAGUCUAGGACCGUUUGUGAAUGACACCAUGACAAAGAGGUGGGCGAUGGAGGAAAUGCAGUUUGAUUGGUAG